GCCGUGGGCGUCGUAGAUAUUCCUGCUUCUCGCUUGCCCAAGCAGAUCUCUCUUUCUCUUUUCCUGCCACUCCAGCAAGCCUCAAACCCUCCGAAAAAAAUGCCUCCGCAUCUCGCUCCUGUGGAAGUUGGCGGCUUCAGUGGAGUCUCCUGCUGCAGGCCUGCUCCUUCCAGAACCUCAAGUGAAAGAAAGAAGUGCUCCACAGAUGAAGAAAUUGUCACAGUAACUACUGGUUUUUUUAACCACUUAACCUAUUUUCUGGCUGCUGGUGCUGUUACUUUGGGAAUUGGUUUCUUUGCUUUGGCAUCAGCUUUGUGGUUCCUGAUUUGCAGACGAAGAGAAAUAUUUCAGAAUUCCAAUUAUAAAGUAAAUAAUGGGAGAUGCAGGCCAGGACCAUCAAAGGCAAAGAUUAAAUCUCAUUCUCCGUGUGUUUUUAUUUCUCGAAAUUUUCAUACUGGAAGAUUCCAGUUACAGAAUACUUGCCCAAGAAUGCAGUUGCUGGAUCAUGUGGAGGAGCAAAGAAAAAAGGAAACAGCACAUAUGAAAGCAAUUAAAGAUCACUCUAAAGAUGAAUUCUGCCUUGCAACAAAAAAGGUCAUUUGUGACCCCUCAGAGACUAGCUUGGCAACAAAUCCCAGCAGUGUUACCUUAAGCUUAUCAACGUUACCAUCUGAUUCUUAUUACAGCCAAAGUGUAGAAGUAGCUGAUGACUGGUUUUCUGAUGAUUCUCUAGCGAAAAAGAACUCUCCAAUGCCUUUUCUCGGGGAGCCUCUAAUGGAAAAAAUAUUUUCGUACCUGUCAACCAUUCCAUUAGAAGAAUGUACUGAAAAUGUACUAAAUAUGACCCUGUAUGAUGAUCAGAAAGAUGACAACAUUAAGGAGAUAUUUACACGAAGAAAUACAGAGGUUGAAAUACAAAACCUUCAACAUAAUAUUGAAUGACUUUUUUCUUUUGAAACUUUGUAUACACUGAAAUCAUGUACAGUUAAAACUGAAAUACCAGCUUCUGAGUCUCUUAACAUGUCCAUGCCAAUAUUGCUUUCCUUGUUCUUUAUGAUAGAGUGGUCCUACUUCCCUUGCCAAUUAUUUAUAGAAACAAAAUCACAGGAAGAACUAAAGCAAUAUCAUAAGCAUUAAGUUUAACUCCUUGUAUCUCUCAAAGGACAUAAUAAAUAAUAAAAAUGUAUUUCAACACACAAGAGAAAUACUUUUAAGAAAUAUUCAGCACAAAUAUACUUUUAAUAAAGUACUCACAGCAUUUCUUUAUACUUUUGACAUUUUCGAUUUUAUUUCAAUGUGGGUAGGGUUGGGCAGAAUAAUUCCAUCACAUUUUCUGAAUUUUCAAUACGUAAAUCAUCUACCAUUCAAGUAUUUUUCUGUCAUGAUUUUUGUAAGCAAUAUUUUACUGCUCUAGCAGGGAACCUGGAACACUGUGAAGAAUCCAGAAAAUAGAAAAUGGUUUUCUUUGUCCUCUUAUGUCUGUUUCUAAGAAUGGCUCCCUAGCCCUUACCCCACUAUGAUGAAAAUGUGAGCAGUUAUGUUUAUAGGCCCCUGACUCAAGCUAGAUGAAUCAGAAUUCCUCCGUAAUCUGAGAGACCCUUAGUCAGAUUUCUAUUUAUGACUGAGGGAUUUCUGACACCCACUCUGUAAUUUAUCUUUUUUUUUAUUUCUCAUAAAUACUCUCUAUGUAAUUAGUCUCUUUUUCUUUCUUUCUUUUGAGAAAAACAAUUAACUAAGUAUAAUAUUACUGUUUGUGGUUAAAUUUACUCAUACCAAGACCUGUGCAUAUCUUCCCAAGAGAAAAAUCAUACCUAUUACAAUACAUGAAAUGUGACUUGUCUCAGGUAAGGUAGUAACAUUAUUCAGGCCUAACAUUUCUGUCCUGGGGGACUAUUAAAAAAGAUUAGAACAGCUUGCUUUUGAAGCCUGGUCAUUUCUACCUAUUAUACGCUGUGAGAACAUCUCAUGGAUUGUGAGAAUACCUCUUUAUAUCCACUCCUAAAUCUAAAUAAGUUGUUUCAGCUCAAGAUCUGUUAAGGAGCUAUAAAAAAGUGUUUUGAAUUGGUUUCUGUCUCUUGGUGUUCUACCAACUUUGAUCUUACUGCUUAUCCCAGAGAAGAAAGUCCUCUCUAAUUUU